AUGGUAUCCGCUCUUAAUGGAGAUUCCAAGCGUAAGAUUGACAACGAAGCCCUUUUGACGCCUGAGGGUUUAAAGCUAUUCAUGCAGUCCAGGCUAUUAUCGUCUACUAGCUCAGCUGACUACAUUAUGAGUUUACGGCGAUUAAAAUGGGGAUGGCAUUUGGACGACCUAAAUUUGGUUAGCACUAAUUUAACACAUGCCCAAUACCUGGAGUCUCUGCCACCCCUCAAGCACCCAGCUACUUCUCUCGCUGUACCCUGGAGCAAAGGAAAACCGGAUAACAAUAACAUCGAAAUCUACACAGACGGAUCAAAAAUUGAUGAUAAUGGUAGCGAACCAAUGCAGAGUAAAGUAGGAUACGCAAUCGUCGUGAAGCAAAAUGGACUUACAAUCGAUCUAAUCUCCAAUAGAUUAAACGAUGAAGCAAGUAUUUACCUGGCGGAGCUGGAGGCUAUUAAACAAGCUGUUAUUUACAUCAAAAACAAAAAUUACAAAGAUGCGAAAAUUUAUACUGAUUCGCUGUCCUCGUUACAAAGUCUAAAUGACCCAAGAAAUCGAAAUAAGAUUAUUGAAGAGAUCAAAGUAAAUAUAACACCAAGUAUUAAACUUUACUGGGUCAAAGCACACAUUGGAAUUGAAGGUAACGAGGAGGCGGAUCAGCAAGCCAAAAAGGCCACAAGCUUCAGCCGGGUGGGAACGAUGCUCCCAGUGGAAAGAACAUUCAUUAUUAGAUACAUCAAGCAAGCCACAAUGAAUAAAUGGAAAAUUGAUUGGAGUGAAUCAACAAAGGGCAGGCAGACAUAUAAUUUCUUUAAAGAUCCCACACUAACUCGCCUGCAGUCAAACUUCUAUUUAAACCAAUUCUUAACGGGCCACGGAGUUUUCGGAAUAUAUCAGCAGAAAUUUUUCAAUAAACGAGCAAAUUGUAAAUUUUGUGGCAAAGUACAAGACAUUGACCACCUCAUAAAAUUUUGUCCCAAAUUCCAGAGGAUCCGUGGCAGAAAAUUGGAUCAAUACACUCAACAUCAACUUUAUGCUGAUAUUGACUGCAGGGAGAAAAUCAUCGAAAUUCUUGAAUAUACCCUCGAUGAUCUGCUUGCCCCUGCGAGCACACCUGACUAA